ACUUUAUCAGUGGCGUGUGAAGUGUGUUUGUCAUGGCAAUUAUUCUGAAUAGACUCCCCAAACGGUGGCCAUAAAAUGGGGUAUGGUGGCAUAGUUGGGAGCUUGUGUGCCCAAGCUAGGGGCCUCACAGGAGCAAACCCAGUCAGUGUGGUUGGAUUAAAUCCAUCGGAAGCGCAUUUCGGGAUGUCACUCACGGACGUAAAUCAGGAUUUUAGUGAAUUUGAUUUUCCCCGAGAAAUAUGGGUGAUCAUUGCAGAAUGGGAAGUAGUCGUGAAGGUUACCACCUUUAUUCCUGUAAUUAUUUUUGGUGUCAUUGGAAAUAUUCUUAUGCUGAGCAUAAUCUACCGGAAUAGAGUGUUGAGAACACCAACAAAUAUUCUAAUUGCAAAUAUGGCAGCUGCGGAUUUAGCUACACUCCUCUUCUGUCCAGCCAUGUUUAUGGUUAAUGAUUUCUUCCAAAAUUACGAACUUGGGGAGAUUGGGUGCAAAAUUGAAGGAUUCCUCCUUGGUGCCUUCCUCUUGACGGCAGUUAUGAAUUUAGUUGCUGUGAGUUAUGAUCGUCUUACGGCAAUUGUUCUCCCACAAGAAGCCAGAUUGACGCAUCGUGGUGCCAAAAUUGUUCUCUGCCUCACGUGGAUUUUUGGUUUUUCACUCUCUUUGCCGCUUAUGAUUUACCGGAAGUAUCGAAUGAGAAUUUGGAGAAAUUUUGACGAGAAGUGGUGUACGGAGAAUACGAGUGUCCUUCCAAUGUAUUGGCAUGUCCUUAUCUCUGGACUCGUAUGGUUACCACUUGGAGUCAUGAUGAUCUGCUAUUCAGCCAUCUUCUACAAACUCGAUCGCUAUGAAGCAAAAGUUCUUAAACGUGAAACACCAAUAAGUGUGUCGUACAAAACUAAAGUGGCUAAAAUGCUUUUUAUCGUUUUAAUUACCUUCAUUGUACUACGAGGUCCCUUUACGGCACUUGUCUUCAUUCGCAAUCAAUUGCUAAAAGAAUCAAAGAUUAAUCAAAUCUCAACGAGUUUCCAAAUUCUUUGGUACACCUCGCACUACUUAAUCUUCGUUAAUGCUGCCCUAAAUCCUGUUAUAUAUGGAUGGAAGAAUGACAAUUUUCGCAAAGCUUUCAGGCAAACACCCAUCUUGAGGGUUUUCUGCAAAGCACCACAGAAGAAGAAAAAGAAGAAGAAGCUCCGUCGUCAGAGUAUUAAUAAAUGCAGCACAGGAAGAAAGUUCAGUGAACGUAUUGAUACAUGUGCAACGCGUCGUAAAUCAACCCUUACCAUCUUUCGACCCUUUGUCGUACGUAUUGAAGAGGAUACGGAAAAUACCAAAGUUGGUAUGCUCUCAACCAAAAUUGAACCAUCAGAGGGUUCAAGUGGUUUCAUUGUAUCCAAUAUGAUUAUCAAUGAUGCUGGUGAUGCACCCAAGAAGAAGGAUAAUACCCUAAAUCCCGAGAAUUUUAUCUAAAAAGAAAACAUUGAGAAAUAGAAUAAAAUUUUGAGUACAGGUGUGCUUUAAUAAAA